CCAGACAGGAAAACAGAUGAGUCUGAACGUACUCCAGAAACAAAACAGGAAGAAGCUGAAUCCCCUAGAAAAACCUCCGGUAGACACAGGAAUAACAAUACCCUCUGAGUCCCCACGGACAGGUAAACUGGAUCUAUCGCUAAAUAGGAAUAUUUGCAAUCCCACAGAAAACCUCCAGUAGACACGGAGUCUCCAUGGACAGGAGCACGAUAGACUGGGCAGGAGUGAGCACAGAAGAGUGCUAGUCUUGCUCUCAUAUGCUUCAGCUGGGACAAAGAUGAUGCUGCAGCGAGACAGGAUUAUGUUAUGGAUGGUCCUGGCAGUAGGUUGCUGCCAUUUGACUGUAAUAACGUCAUUGGGCUCUCACUUUACCGUCUUCACAGAGGCAUCUCCUGCUGACAAUACAUUUGGAGAUCAACAUUAUAUCAUGGUACUGUAUGGCAGCUUUGUCUGUGGGCUACUCAUUCUCACACUUCUACUCAGCACUAUUGCUGUUUUACGGGAAUCUCAGAACCUAAUGGCAACCGCUUUCAUUGGGUUUGGCUUCCUGUUCUGCACUCUCAUGGCUGGACUGACUUGGACACAAGAGUGUCAGAGCCAGGUCGAGGCCUCCAUCUUAGAUGUCUAUGAUGAUCUCUAUGAACAAGUUCUCCGAGGACAUUCAGGAGAAGCACAGGAGCAUCUUUUGAAGGCACAUAAUAUAUUCCAAUGCUGUGGCAAGACAUGGGAACAAGAGUGGAUUUCUACUCCACACAUCACAUGCAAUCGUACAGUGGAGGAUAAGGACUGUGUAUCAGUAAUCUCCGAUGUUCUGCAUUUACACUGGCAUUGGGCCAGGACUUUGCUGCUGUCAUCCCUGGGACUGACGGUUUAUGGCAUGGUGCUGUCAUCUUUUCUUUUUUUCUCCCUACAAAGAGGAAACAUUUGGGGAAGAAGAGGAAAUUAUAGCUUAAAUGGUGGAUUAUUAUCACCCCCUGAUGCGACAGCAGACACCCCCCUAAUUCAGCUGAUGCCCUUCCAGUCUGCACAAUGACCUUUAUAUAAGAAUGCCUUCCAUGUGACCAGAUUUAGAGGUGGACAUGAUUUGUAGUCAUAUGCAUAGGCAGAAGUAUUUAUUGUGUCUCUAGAUGGAACUAUACAUAUAAUGUAAAAACUUUUGGCAUAGUAAUAGAACUUAGAAAACAUAGAAAUUUAGAUUAGUACAAAGUUUCCCUUUGGGGGGACCAGUCAUUACAUAUAUGGAUAUAUAUAUAUAUAUUUUUUUUUUUUAAGUAUUUUUUCUUCCUUCUUAAAAUGACUGUUUCACCUAGAUUUUUUUUCUACUGGUUAGUGCCAAAUACUGAAACAUUUUCUUUUAUUUUAAAUCUAUUUUCUGAUUGCAAAUGGUUGAUGCAAUAUUUGUAUAAUAGG